AUGUCACGAUGGAUCUCUACAAUUGAUUUGAGCCCCUUUUGGAACUCUCUGUUCAUUGCUCCUUGUUCUGCAUACUCCUACCCCUGUUCAGGUGAGAUAAGCAAAGCUAAGGGCUCGAACUCCGGAGCUUACCUGGCAUGUUCUGGUGCCCCGAAUGAGACUGCGGCUGUUUCAACCGCCCCGCUCCCAGACUCCAAAGGCUCAAGCCUUGCGGACCCUCGUAUUUCUUGCAUUAGCCCUCAGUGGCUGCGCGCCCUUUCUGAUUCCGGAGCUGCUUGCUCCCGUCUCCGUGAGAUACAGGCUAGCAUGCGCACUAGCCUCCUGAGAGCAAGCGGUGCUUUAUCCUUUCUGCAAGCCACUUCCACUUUGGCCAAAGAAGACCAGAGCUUUACGAGUGCCAGUGAAGAGGUUUGUAGUACAUCAUUUCGUCAGAAUGGACGGACAACAGCUGCUGACUCCGCUGUAGGCCAUUCGACGUUCGCGAACGUGAGUCAGACCUCUGAUAACCUGGUAGUCAAUGACCAAGUGGAUGUGCUUCCAUCGCUUUUGUCAAAGGAAGAAUGUUCCAAAUCCGUGCCAGUUGGCCUCGAUUCCAAUCACUCGCAACCAGGCUCUCGGUUAAAGCAGCUCAGACAGACAUCGGAUAAUCCAUCCACCAAAUCUCAGUCCGUUCGAAAUCCAAAUUUUGAGAAGAUGGCUGCCGCCUUCGGCUGUCUGGAGGCCUCUCUGUCUGAUAUCAGCUCUGCGGUGGAUCAAAUAGUUAAAGUAAGUCCGGGCCAUUUUCCUUUUUCCCCUUCUCCAUGA